AUGUCAAAUAACCAGCAACAGGAUUUCGACGACGGCGACGAUUACGUUCCUUACGUGCCCAUCAAGCAACGUCGAUUGGAGAAGCUACACAAAUAUGCAACACAGCGACGAGUGGUUGAUCCAUCACCGAGAGAAGAGAAUGACGAUGACGAUGCGCAAGGCACUGGUCCUCGUGGUGGUGUGAGUUUACUUGAUCAGGCCGUCGAGCAGCGACGAAAGUAUGGUGUUCAAGAAAAAACUGAGGAGGAGAAGCUGCUCGAAGAGGAACGUCGUAUUGAGGAAGCACAGAAGCGACACAAAGCUUUGGUAUCAGUACAGGAGGCUGCGGCUGGUGUCCACUAUACCGAACCAAUGAAGACAAGUUGGACAGCACCACGCUAUAUCCGAGAUGCCCCAGAAGAGGAACAUCAAGCCCUUCGCAACAAGUAUCACAUCAUUGUAGAUGGCAAUAACCCUGUACCACCAAUCACCACCUUCAAAGAAAUGAAGCUGCCAUCUCCUAUACUGGAAUAUCUAAAAACCAAGAAGAUCAUGAAGCCAACACCUAUUCAGAUCCAAGGUCUUCCUGUGGCGUUGGCUGGUCGAGAUAUGAUUGGUAUUGCGUUCACUGGAUCUGGCAAGACACUUGCAUUUUCAUUGCCUCUCUUGAUGCAAGCUUUGGAAGCGGAGACAAGGUUACCAUUAGUAAGAGGCGAGGGACCUAUUGGUAUGAUCAUAUGUCCAUCGCGUGAAUUGGCUCGACAAACGUAUGAAAAUUUAUGCACAAUGGCGGACAGCUUGGCAAAGGGCGGGUACCCAGCACUACGGUCCUUACUAUGCAUUGGUGGUAUUGAUAUGCGUGAUCAAUCCGACGUAUUCAACAAAGGCAUUCACAUGGUGGUUGCUACGCCGGGUCGUCUAAUGGAUCUUUUGACAAAGAAGCGAUUCAAUUUGGAUCUUUGUACAUAUCUCUGUAUGGAUGAAGCUGAUCGCAUGAUUGAUAUGGGCUUUGAAGAAGAUGUGCGAAAUAUUAUGUCAUAUUUCAAGAGCCAACGACAAACAUUGUUGUUUUCGGCAACUAUGCCCAAGAAGAUCCAAGAAUUCGCAUUAUCCGCAUUGGUCCAGCCACUGAUUGUCAACGUUGGAAGAGCUGGUGCAGCAAAUUUGGAUGUGAUCCAAGAGGUUGAAUAUGUCAAACAAGAAGCUAAAAUGGUGUAUCUGCUCGAGUGCUUACAAAAGACUCCUCCACCGGUUCUGGUGUUUGCUGAAAACAAGCACGAUGUGGAUGAUAUCCACGAGUAUUUAUUGCUCAAGGGUGUUGAGGCUGUUGCAAUUCAUGGUGGCAAAUCCCAAGAAGAACGUGAAUUUGCAAUCCGAUCGUUUAAGGAAUACAAGAAGGAUGUGCUGGUAGCUACGGAUGUUGCAUCAAAGGGCUUGGAUUUUGCCGAGAUUCAACAUGUCAUCAACUAUGAUAUGCCAAAGGAAAUUGAAGAUUAUGUGCAUCGUAUUGGUCGUACGGGUCGAAGUGGCAAGACGGGUAUCGCUACAACGUUUAUCAAUCAACAUUGCUCUGAACAAAUUCGAUUGGAUCUCAAGCAUCUUUUACGCGAGGCUAAGCAAAAGGUACCACCAUUCUUAGCAGCCAUGGAAGAUCCAUCAGAGAAAUAUGGCUUGAGUGGAGGAUGUACAUUUUGUGGUGGUCUUGGUCAUCGUAUCAAUGAAUGUCCAAAAUUGGAGCAACAACGACGACAGCAAAUGAGCGGUAUCAUGAGUGGACGACACGCUGGUGAUCGCAAUGACUUUUAG